UCGGCAAGCCCUAUGUCGCGGUCGACCGACGUGGAGAUCGAAGGGCAGAACGCGACCAUCACUCAGAAGGACUGCGCCCAGUUCAACGCCGCGAAGAGCACGGCGGAACCCGCGAUCCUCGAGGACACACGCGCCAAGACCGACCUCGGCCAUGGCCGGGGGCAGCAGCUGCAGCUCUACAAGAAAACUGCGGCUUGGAAGCUGAAUGGGGCGAAGCAGCACAGGGGGGGCGGCGGGGCUGAGGGAAGCCAUCGAGAACAAGGAGCCAUCGUCAAGAUAAUCGACGGCAAGGAUUUGUAUUUCGAUUCCUCGAUCAUUGCCGAUUUGACGAAGGAGCUCAAGGGUGGCAAACAGGUGAACGCCGGUGGCGCCAUCGAGCUCGACAACUUGGGCCUCGCCCCCAUGCAGAUGUUCGUCGGCGACGCGAGCGCUGGCUUUGACUUGGGGAGGGCCGACGAUGACGAGGCCGAGAGGAAGGACUUCGACGCGGCUGCGGAUCGGGCCCGCGACGCGCUCAUGAAACUCCGGGGCCUCCGCAACAAGAUCACCCACCCCGUGGGGGAAACAAACGCGGGCUCGGAGGUUCGCAAGGGCAAAAUCAAGAAGACCGUCGGCAAGGGCAAGCAGAUCGACGAAUUGAUCAAGGGGUACCAUGACCUCGUCAAAACCAAGUCCCCCCCCCUCCCCCCAGGCCUCUGCAAGACGACGGCCGAAAAUAUCAGUGAGAAAAUCACGGUGGACAGCAAGGUCGGACACGCGGUCGUGGCGAUGAUUCGCCCUGACAACGAGCUGGGCGAUAGAGGCUGCGCCAGGGUCUGCGUCGACACCGACAGCCGCGGCGCCAUCGUGUCGCCGCGGAUUCUGUAG